AAUGUGACCAGCGGCGCUAUAUGCCUGCUGGGCCUCGUCGUGAGCGACAACAGCACGGUCGGCGAUCACUCGAUCACAGAGGACGUCUCGGAGAUCGACAACGUCGCCGGCCACGAUCUCACCAACGACGCUGUAGAUCAGAGCGCUGGUUGGGGAGAAUGGUCGCCAUGGUCGAAGUGGUCGCCAUGUACAAGGACGUGCGGUGGUGGGAUUUCACGGCAGCAGCGUCGAUGCAGACGGAAACCGUGCAAAGGCAGAGUCUGGACCACCAAGUAUAAAAUCUGCAAUCCGCAGCCCUGCGAGGAAUCGAGCGAUUUUCGCGCGACACAAUGUUCUGCCUUCAACGAUGCGCCGUACAACGGACAACUGUUCAAAUGGUAUCCCCAUUACGACCCGGGUUGGCCGUGUUCUUUGAUCUGCCGCGGCGUGCAAACCUCCGAGAACGGCAUUAGACGGCUGCGGCAGGAAACAUCGGGCGAGAAGACGAUGCCGCGCGACGCCACCGACACCCUGCAAUUCGACGGCGACGAGACGAUAGUGGUGCAACUGGCAGACAAAGUGGAAGAUGGCACGAGGUGCUACGCGGAUGGCACGGACGUCUGCAUCGCCGGCGAGUGCAUGAAGGUUGGCUGCGACCUUAGAGUUGGUAGUAACAAGAACACAGAUGCGUGUGGCGUGUGCGGAGGGAAUGGAUCAAGCUGCCAAUCGCGAUACUUCUGGAGUUUCGAAUCGAUAUCCGUCUGCUCCAAGUCCUGCGGUGGAGGUUUUAAGAGAGCGGUGGCGGUGUGCAGAUCGGUCGGCACCGACGAGAGUGUCGUGGAGGACAGCUAUUGCGAUGCAAACGGCAGGCCGGAGAAGACCAUAAUGCCGUGCAACACGCACCCCUGCACAAUCAAAUGGUUAACCGGAGAAUGGAGCGCGUGCAGCGCAAGCUGCGGCGGUGGCUCACGAACGAGGUCCGUCUUCUGCGCCGAGGAGAACGCGAACGAAACCACCAGGUUGCCCGACCACAAGUGCAGUGGCACGCACAGACCGCGCGCCCAGGAGAGCUGCAACACCGUGUCCUGUCCUAUGUGGGAGACCGAUAAAUGGAGCGAGUGCUCCGCGACCUGUGGCACUGGAGUGCGAACGAGGACGAUCGAAUGCAGAGAUGGUGUUGGCGCUAUCUCCAGGGAUUGCGACCCUGCGGAACGUCCUCAUACCGAGCAGGAGUGCAAGACGAACGUCGCCUGUCCCACAUAUGGAGACGGUAUGACGCUGCCCUUGGUGCAGCCGUAUCCGCUGUCCCAAGUGUCGGAGAAGCUGACGGACCAGCCGGUGCCUUCCGAAUCGACGUUCAUCGCCGAGGAGUGGUCGUCCUGCAGCGUCUCUUGCGGCGAGGGUGUCAGGCACAGGGAGGUGCACUGCAAGAUAUUCCUCGAGUUCAGCCAAACCAUCGCCAUGCUGCCGGACAAACAAUGCUUGGGCCCGAAGCCCGUCGAGACGGAGAAGUGCACGAUGCGGCCGUGCGGCCUCCUGGAAAACAGCCUGCCCUUCCGGAUUGACACGGUCGACGACGGCGGGUACUCCGAGUCGAGUCUGAUGGGCUCGUCGUAUAGAUCAUCGCUGGGUAGUUCCGGCGGAAGCGGCUACGACAGCGGUAUCAAGGUCGCUCCGGGGAGCGACGUGCAGACGACGUACUCGUGGAAGGAAGCUGGAUACACCUCCUGCAGCGCCACUUGCUUAGGAGGUGUUCAGGAUCUCAUUAUAAACUGCGUGCGCGACGACACCGGGAAAACCGCAAUGCCACUUCUGUGCUCCGCCGAGACGAAACCCGAGGCGAGGAUACGAGUCUGCAACGACCAUCCAUGUCCUCCCAGGUGGAACUAUAGCGAAUUCUCCACUUGCAUGAGCCCCUGCGGUAUCGGUAUACAGACACGUGACGUCACCUGUAUUCACGAAGUGACACGCGGCAACGGCAAGACAGUGCCCGUGCCAAAUUACAUGUGUCCGCAACCGCCGCCCGCCGACAGACGAUACUGCAACGUCUGGGAUUGCCCUGUCAAAUGGAGCACAGGGGAAUGGGGAAAGUGCUCCAAAUCCUGCGGCGGUGGUGUAAAGAAACGGAUGGUGGUCUGCGAACAGAUAAUGGCGCAGGGUCGCAAGCAAAGUCGCGAAGAGCGCGAAUGCCCAUCUACAAAACCAGCCAGUGAGAAACCCUGUAACACCAGAGCGUGUCGUGAGUCGGACUCGAGCGUGCCGCCGAUAAUCACCAGCUCUAACAUGACGUACAAUCAGACGGACAUCAAUGCUAAGGUAGACCUGAGAAUCGGCGGGGUCGCCAUAGUCUUUCAAGGAACGAGCUCUGUGAAGAUUCGCUGUCCCGUCAGAAAAUUCGACAAAGCACAGAUCCUAUGGUCGAAGGACAACAAGGAGAUACGGAAAUCGAGGAAGUACAAGAUCAGCAGGAAGGGCGCACUGAAGAUAAUGGAAAUAGUAUCCUCGGACCGCGGUGUCUACGCGUGUAUUGCGGGCAGCUCGCGCGCGGAGACGCAAUUGAUAGUGAAAUUUCGCUCCAAAGACCAGAUAAGUAGCGAAGAAUAUUUACGGCUCGGCAAUUCCGUUCACCUACAACGAAACUCCGCGAAUCUCGACUCCGCGCCAGCGAACUCGGGCGAGAGCCUCUACACCGAUCGCGCAGCAGCCUAUGGCAAUCGUUUCGACAGCGAGGACAUCAGCCACGAGAACGUUCCCAGCAAACCGACACGGAAGCCGCAUCAAAAGAAGCAAAAGACCAGCCCGGCGCCAUCGGACGCCACAAUGAUACACAAGGAGCACACCGUCACUUCUCUCAACCAGCCGGGACACCAUGAAUCCGUGGAAUCAGCCGCUCCGUCGAGCGCCUCCGCUCUGGUGCCACACUUGAGCUACUUGAUAUCGAGCUUGAAGGCCUAUUGGCCGUUCCGCAGCGAAGUAACCACGAACGAUAAUCGCAAGGCGGCCGUUCCCGCGGGGACGUUCGUCAGGAGUGGAAGUAAAACAGCGACGGCGACGGCGUCGUCGACGUCGGUGAGGUACCGCUUGUCCAAUGGGAAAGGCGACCUGGUGUAUCAGAGCAUAGAGGACAAUUUAGACAAUCUCUAUCGCAACACGAUCAUCCCCGACAAGAUUUUCGGUCCGGACGAGGAGCGGAUCUUCAUCGACGUCGAUCCCUACGACCUGGACGAUCCUGUGUUCGGACUGCAGCACGGCGACGACAACGCCAUGUCGACACCUGUAGUGUCGACCAGUGCGGGUAACAAGCUCACCGCGAAGCCCGAUAUCGAUUACAUCGAGGAAUCCCUGAAAAAUGUGAAAAGGUAUUGGCAAGAGUCGAGAGACGAGUCGAGAGACGGGUCGAGGAGUCAGUGGAGCACCACGCCCAAGGAUCACGCCCGAAACGGAGUCGUUGUUGCCGAGUCCGCCACGUCUCCGGGAAACGUUGGGAUGGACGUGUACUACGUCGAGGACUCGAGCACGAAAAAGGGCUCGCCCGAGGAGAGGCGCAGUUUUGUCGACGACGGCGAUAAGUCCAUCAAUCACGGUGCCUAUGGUAACGCGAGAGCCGAAGAUUCAUCGACCGUCAGUACCAGCACAUUGAUGGCCAGAAACCCGGAGGUGCAGCGGCCGAGGAUACCGGAAUCGGCGCGUCGCGGCUUGGCCCACGCGAACAGGACAAUUGAUUACAGCGACGCGUUUGACGAGGAGUCAGAUAAGCGGAAAAUCGACCGGCAUAUGGAAAAUCGCACGACCGAUUAUACAAUCAUGCGAUUGCCGGCUACCAAGGAUCUCGACGGCGGCGCGGUGGAGGGUUCGACGUUGAUGGAUGAUCGAGGCUCGACCGUUGCCGAGGAGGAACCUGACGAAGACGCGGGAAACUUAUCUCGCAAUCGGGAGGAUCAUGCUGGCUCCGUGGAGAAGGCCUCCUCGGUUAAUCUAAAAGAAGUCUCUAAAGAGGAAGAACAAUCGACUGUCGGAGAUAAGCCCGCGAACGUUUUGAUCUCCGCUGCGAUGGACAACACAACCAAGAAUCCCGCCGCGGAAUCGCUCGCUGUGUUAGCUGUGGACAGCACGGAAAGUCUGGUGUUCGAGUGGGUCACGACCGACUGGUCGAAGUGCUCUCAAACUUGCGGAGGAAGUGGGUUCCAGAUGCGAGGCGCGCAGUGCACAGUUCGCACGGCGAUUUUGAACGGCAACUCCACGCGCGUCUCUCCGAGGACGGUGAUCGGCGCGACGCUAUGCGAGGACGCCGGUCAUCCGGUGCCGCAGAAAGUAAGACCCUGCGGAAUGGGCAGGUGUCCGCAGUGGCACACCACCGAAUGGACCCCGUGCGAGACGUCAAGAUGCUUCAAUUGGAUGACGGCGAUGCAGAAACGAGACAUCAGCUGUCGUCUGGUGUCGGAGGACGAUCGAGAGAACGUCACGUUGCUGGAUCCGAGCAAGUGCGACGAUGCCACGAGACCGCUGCAGAGACAGGAAUGCUACAAUGACGCCUGCAAAGGCGUCUGGCGGGUCGGCGAGUGGUCGGAGUGUACCGCGUCGUGCGAAGAAGACGGUAUCAAAUACAGGAUUCUACAGUGUGUCUGGUUUGGCACGAAGAAGCCGGCGGGAAACGCCUGCAGAGACAUACCACGACCGCCUGUGAUGAAAACCUGUAAGGGCUCGCCUUGUCCUCAGUCGCCGGAGGACUGCAAGGAUCACUCGCAGCUGUGCAGCAGAGUGAAAAUAAUGAACAUGUGCAAGGUGCCGCUGUACAAGAAACAGUGCUGCGCGUCGUGUCGCUAAUUCCGAAGAAAUUGAUUGCGAGUGACGUAUGGGGAUUAGACAGAAUGAACGAUGACGAUGACGAUAAUAAUGAUGAUAACGAUGAAGAAUGCGCGCGAGACACGGAGUGUAAAUUGCGGUUAGUCGGGGAAUUACUUAGUGACAUAUGUAAAAUGCACUCGGGAUGCCUGUUGUUAGUUAAAUUGUAACACGCGAAGGAAGCGUACCACUGUGGUAUCAUGUUGCACAGUACUACGAUGUCCGGUUUAUAAAUAUUCUGACAGGGAAAGAAUGAAGGAGAAAGAGGAGUCGACCAAAACUACUUCGCCGUAAUAGUUUUCUCGUCGUAUCGUUGCAAGAACUCGCUCCACACACAUCCUUGCCGCGGACGUUCCUCUUGUAACAAAAAAAUAAAUAAAAAGCAGAAAAAAGAGAAAAAGAAAACGAACCUGUCAAUCUUGACACAGUUUCCUAAUUAAACCAUAAUUUUCUAACGUAUGUCAUACACACACGUAGUUUGGCGCGAUUCCUAAUUGCGCACGCUCAUUGCCCCUAGUUAAAAAAAGAUAAAUGAAUAACGAUAAAGAGAGAAAUGGAAAUUUGGCAUUCGUCCAAGAAAGUUAACGAGAGCGUUAUAUUGUUAUAGUCUGAUGUGAGAAAGAGAUAGAGGGGGGAGAGGGCGGUAAAAACUUACCAGGUCCUGGGAAAAAGAGAGAUGUUAUCGCGACGUACCGUUGAAAACGACACGUUAUUAAAUGUUGUCAGUGUUGGUGCUUCGAGUCGCACGGAAAAUGGCUUUAAGCAGAACGAUAUUCAAAUUUUAAUAAACAAGAAUGAAAACAAGAAAAGAAAAAAAAAGACGCGCUGAGAGUCCGGAGAAUCGCGAGGCGUAGUUGAUUUCUGUCGCGCGAAAGAGCAUGUUAGAGAAUCGAUUCCUUGUCGGGAUUUAUUUUUCUACGCCUCCUUGCCGCGAUAAGCGCACGCGAUCGAGAUCGAUUAUGGUUUACUAUAUUAUAUUAUUAUUGGCUUGCCAAACGGAGGAAAGUCACCCCUCAAGGCUGAAACGCGCCACUUUGUCUCUUCGUGUACCAGAUUCUUCUUGAGCGUUAACAUAAAGUAAAGUUUCGUCACGUUUCAAAAUGUCUCUUUACAUUUCACUAUGACCCAACAGAGGUAUAUUUUACGCCCAUAUUCCGCGAAUGUAAUCUCGUUUCCCAUAUUUAUUGACGUGUUAUGCCUUGUUCAUCUCCACAUGGAUUCCGGUAUAAAUUAUUGUGCGAACACAAAAGAAUAUACAUAUAUAUAUAUAUAUAUAUAAAACGUUACUUGUAAGAACAUAAGUUACGAAUGAAUCAUUAUGCGCCUAUAAGAGUCCCGUCGGGCGGUCUUACGCCAAUAGAUCCUAAGCAAUAAAAAUACAUAAGUAUUGUAAUAUAAUAUUUUGUUAAUAAUCUCUCUGGCGAAAAUUCGUGAACAUGACCGUUUCCUUGUUGGUUGAAGGGCCCGACACAUUACUUACGUGCCUCUAAUCACUUCGCCCCUUUACCUAGACACUCCUUCUCAACAGUUACGACAUAUUCAUUUAUCGUGCAUUCGUGUAAAACUCAUCGGUGGACUCGUUUUCAAGUAAAGGCGAUUCCUCGUGCAGGUGACGAUGUCCGUAUGUAAGAUCCCGUGAGAAUCAUCUUCACAUAUCGUAUUAUUUCUUAAGAAUCGGUUAAUUACGUCACUGCCAAUUAGACACUACUUUCGUUUUUUUCGCAAAAAGCAUCGGCAAGACUGUUCAGAAGUCGAAAUCCAAGGUCGUUCGUUUACGCGCAAACGAUGAUACUCUACGUCUACAUAUAGACAAAACGUAAAUUAUGCAUGAGGUAUCGCCUAUGUAGACAAUGAGUCAUCUGUAGAUGUCGUUUAAAGAACAUGGCUAGCAUAUAAACAUUAAUUGAGAAAAGAUUAUAUUUUUGUUGAAUCUUUAGAAUUCUGAUGUAAAUAUUUAUAAACGUUGUUUCCUAAAUAAGUCAGAGUGCACAAAAUUUUCUGAUCACAUUCUUAUACUUUCAGAGUUAAAUCUGCAAAUUUCUUACGUAAUGGAAUGAUAGUUUCACGCAAUUUAUCUUUUUAAAUAUUACAUUUAUAAUUAAUGCCCAAAAUGAGACUCAUAAUUUAAUAUUGCCUUUUUGUAUAUUUCAAUAUAACUUACGAUAUUUUAUAUAGUUUACAUUGUCUACAUGAAAAAAGAUCGUGUACACACCGCGUAAUCUUGAAAUCCACGACACAACUCUGUUGAGAUCCAUCGUGAAGUGUAUUCUCAAAUUAUUGCGUUCUCUGAAAUACAAGUAUCGUAGUUAGUGUGUAAACUCAAUACGCGAUAUUAACCGCGACUUCGUUUCACGUGAAGCAUUCGAUCAACGAGAAGGUGCGUUUUUUUUCGAAGAAAACUUCCUGCUCCAUCGUUAAAAAUACGAGAAGUUACGAGUGCACCCCCAUUUCCCUCCCCUUACGGCGCCUGUAUGAUUUCACGACGAUUGUGAACAGAUUUUCGCUAUCAACGAAUUUGCCUCGACACAGCUAAGCGGUUUGCCAAAAAAAAAAAAAAGAAGGAAAACGAGCUGACGUAUAAAUGAGAUAAAAAUAUAUAAUUUAGAAUACUCUAUUAAAGUCAAAAGAAAAAGAAAGGAGAUAAAGGAUAAAGGUAUAUUACAAGCUACGUAAACAAAUUACCGAGAUGCACGCGUAUAAAUACGACUUUAUAUGUUGAUACGGACGAUGGAACUGAAAUGUACGGUGAAUUGUUACUUUGACUGUGUACUUUGUUUGAUUGGGCGCAUCGGGAGUUGAGGAGUUUUCUCUCUCUCAGCCGGGCGCGUUGUCUCGCGAGAGGAAAUAUCAGCGACUUUCGAUACGUACAUCCCAACAUACAAUUACGCGGCUAGCAGAAGAGAAGUGUGCAACUACCAUCGGCUUGCCGUGCCAUAUACAACUCACUGUCAUGUUUUCCCCUUCUUUUCCGACAGACACCUGAAUUAUUGACACUCACCUUACGAUAAUACGCGAGACUCCGGCGUAUCGCCUGAUCAACUUACGAUAUCGACUCGAGGGACAAGUUAUUUUCCAAAUUAAUCAGCAUAACGACACGACGAUUCUUAAGAUGGGAAGAGACGAGUUCCGCAGACACACACGUACACAUUUUUGUAUAUAUCACGAUGUAGGUAUGUAAAAUGGCUCCACACACCUAGUACUGUACUGUAAGCAUUACUGUUCAUUAUAUCUAUGUAAAUAUGUAACUGCCUAAAUGCGAAUAAAACAAGAGGAUAUAUCACUGCACAAUACUGCAGUUAUUCUCGUUAAGGUUUAUUUGAUUUUAA